CUUUUUAUUUGGUCUGAGCUAUACAUAGCUCGUAGCAAGAAGCAGCAAAAAAAUUACAAUAGCUGCUUUUUUUAUACAAAGGUAAAAAAGUUAUGAAAAAGCAAGUCUGAUUAUUGACUUCCUAUGUCAUUUUAUUUUUUACAUAAAUUAGGUACUUCAUGAUUUGACAUUUGGUCAAGUGUACAAUUUUUGCAGGAUGGAGGUACGAGACUUGAUUCAAAGAGGAAACACACUGCAAGCCAAAUUUGGUGUGACAAACUACAAUACACCAUUUGCAUCGAAGAUCAGUUCUGAAUGUAUAAUUAGCGGAACAGCUGUCUUUCAGGUCAGAGUUAUCGCAGCACAAGUGAACAAUGGUCAUACAAACAUUUACAACAAUUUGAUAUUUGUUAAAUUUAUGAAACUUCAUCAAGAUGAUGACUUAAAUUAUAUUAUAAAGUUUUCUAGUGAUGAACUAGGAGUUAUCAAUAAAACUUUUAUAAGUGAUGAUGGUACAUGGCAUUUAGUACAUGAAAAUAAGAGACAGCAAUAUAAAUUUGAUGUAACUGUGCAUAUGGACAUAGUACCAAGCACUACUUCAUUUGCUAUGCUCCAUGAAGAUACAGAGUUAACAGACUUUGAACUAAGGGGUGAGGAUGGGUCGAUACGAAUGCAUCGUGCAGUGUUGGCUUCAGCGAGUCCAGUGCUUAGAAGAAUGCUGGGUGGAACCUGGCGAGAGGCGGCAGAGGGUCAUGUUGAUGUCCCUGGCACUUCUAAAGCCACUUUGCAGAAUCUUAAAGAUUAUAUAUAUUUACACACAUUACCAGAUGUUGGUCUAGAGCAAUUACUGCUUUUGGCAUCAUACUACAUGAUGCAAGACUUAGAACAAAAAUGUGUUGAUAAAUUAGUCAGUAUAUUGACUGCAGAAAAUGCUUGUGAUCUAAUAGAGUUUGCUGCCAAACACAAAGUGACACGACUUCUGUUGGCUAUUUUAGAAUGUGUCCAAAGUGGUGCAGUGAAAGUUAACGAGAUGCGUGAUCAUUUUCUUCAUGGAAAAUGAAGAUUAUUUGAUUUGUAAACUGACAAAUGCUCUCUGUUCAAAUAAUCUCCAAACAUUUACAUAAUCCCAAAUGAUUUUGGAAGAAUAUUUGUAUUUUCUACUGUUGAAACUGUAUAUUUAAUUUCCAUUCUCUAAGCUAUAGAAUCACUCAUGUUUUAAGUCUGACUUUAUUAUUUUUAUAUACAAGCUUUCCGCCUGCACCUCAACCUGCAUGGUCCUGUAUAUUCUACAUCUAAAUCUUUAUUAAUUGCAUUAAAAUAUGUUGUGUAGUUUAAAAGAUCGCAGCAUACAGACAGCGGAAAGCUACUAUGUAUAGAUUUACUUAACUAUUUGUGAUAUUUAGGUUCUUGUACAUGUAUAAUGUAUAUUAUUAUGACUAAGUACUGCCCUAGUAAAUAAGUUUUAUUUAUUUUAUUUUAUUUUAUUUUAUUUUUAUUUUAUUUAUUUUAAAGAAAACUUACAGCUGUGUUUAAGGAUAUAUCAAUACAAUAUAUGCUGAAGGCCAU